UUUAGAAAUCCUUCCGAACACAACAAAACUCGUUGAUUCCGACUUCUCAUAAGGCUGUACCUAUAACUCGAGUUUUGUGGACGUUUCCUUCAGACUCGAAUCGCUACUGCCCUACGGAAUACCACCAGUUUCACCAUUACCCUGCCCCGCUUCAAAGUUCCGUCAUUGCCGCUGUCAACUCCAACAUCGCAUGAGUCUCCCCCACGCUACACAGGGCUUUGAAGUCAUGAACAUCCAAACAACAUCUAUCUAUCCACCCACUGCAGGACCUGUAUUAGGCUCCAGUCCGUCAAAAUCACAAUCAUCGGGAUCCAACUCGGAUGUUGAUUCGGCCAUUGGAGAACGUCGACCCAAUACACGACAAUCAAAACCAAGAUCAAGGAAUGGAUGUUGGACAUGCCGACAAAGGAAGGUCAAAUGUGACGAGAUCAGGCCGAUAUGUUCUUCAUGCACUCGACUGGGGAAAGACUGUGAAUGGGGUCAAAGAUGGAAAUUCGAUGAUCUCAGCAUUCGCACAAAGCGGAGGCACAAGCAUGUUUCAACAGCAGGAAGUCCGUCGUGGGAUGAGAAGAACCAGCUCCGGCUCAUGGCUCGUCAGUUGUAUGCUCGACACCAGCCCACAUUACCGCCAUUCACCGAGCUCAGUAACGAGGAUGAAAGAGAAAGAAAAGCACUCACACAACCUCCUGGGACUUUCAACGUCAUCCUCACGCCAGAUAGCUUUGGUCAAUUGCCGGAAUAUGGCGGGCUGAUCAGACGAUACCGCAGCAGCUCUGGAUCCUCUCUACCCCUCGCAACAUUUGGUUUCUCAGAGGAUCCCAAUCUCAUUGUGCUUUCCGAAUUUGAAGACACACCAUACUUCAUGGCACUCCCCGAACGCAAAAACUCUAUCAUGAACCUCACGAGUCAGAUGACGGGCGCACCUUCAUUACACAGGGGUCUUUCGAAUUAUGGAACGGCGGAUGUUGACGAAGUAAUGACACAUUACAAGGAUUUCAUUUCCAGAAGGAUGAUGCCACUUGGUUCGAGGUUUAAAUUGAGCGAUUACGGUAGUGAGGAUAUCAUCGUUCAGGAUUCGCGGACAUUCAGGCCUCUAUACCAUGCGAUAUGCGCAAUCACACUACUAAGCCUGGCGCUCAAAGGACAACGACACCUCCUAGCAGGAGCGUUCCAACAUUACCAUCAAGCCAUUUCCGCAUGCAUGACGAGCACAAACAUGUCACCAGGAUCAUUGAUCUACCUUCACUUCAUCCUUCUUCUAUACGACAUCUGUUGCGCAACUCAAAACUGCUCCCCGGAUGGCGUCAUGUGGUCGCAACAUUUUCAACAACUCGCUCGAUUGGCAUACUCUCGCGACAAUGCCGAAGUUACCGAACUGCAGGCAUAUAUUCUCUGGUAUACUCUCUUCCUUGACGCACAGUCGUGUCUUGCAGGAAACACAGAGUCGGGAUGUUUCGUACGAGCAUAUCUAAUGCAUGGCUCGACCUUGCCUACUUGGCGUAAGCCGGAAAGCACAACCCAACAACCCAAUCUCGAGAUCGCGGGCUUGUCGGCUGUUUCGGAACUCAGCAGUCAUAUGUGUACGCGGCUGGCUGAGCUGAGUCAGAUCGCACUUCAAAUGAGAGAUGAUGUCGAGAUGGGUCGUGGCAGUAUUGCUGAGCAUCAGGCUACUGUGACGAGGUUCAGAAACGAGCUGUACUCAUCUUGGAACCUGAAAUACCCAGCAUUCUUACCACGAGACUCACCAGAGGCUGGGACCAGACUGCCGACUCUUGCCAGGACUGUCUUUGACUUUGCAUCUAUUGAAUACUCUACCGCAAUGGUGUACAUGCACACAAGCAUGUACCGCGGCCAACGUCUUCACAACACAUCCGCUCAACGCAAAGAGAUCGCCAGUCAUUGUCGUCACAUCCUCGCCAUGGCAGCCCUGGUGAUCGCAGAGAAGGGUACCGAACAGCAUCACAUCAUCUUCUCUGUCUUUUUGGCCGGCGUCAACAGCAGCAACGACCACGACAAGAACAGAGCCAUUGGCAUUAUCAGAGCUAUGGAGGGAACUGGAAUCAGUUGCAACGUCACCAAAUCUCGUGAAUUGCUUGAGAUGAUUUGCGCAGAGCAGAGAGAAAGGGUCCAGUUCGGAGGAAGUCCUGCUGAGAUCGAUUGGGUGUCUUAUGCCAGGGAACGAGAUAUCAGGCUUGUCAAUCUGGGUCUUUGAGUGUUGUCUUUUCUUUCCUUGUCCUUAUGAUACCCCAAACUUUUCGCUUCUUGUAUAUAUCUAGGGGGUUUGGAGAUCGAGUGCUAGGCUUUUGGAAGUAUCGCAAUGUACGAAGCUUCUAUGACCAACACAAAUGUCCGUUUGUAGCAACUUUUC